CGACAGAUACUCAAAAAUAGAUAUUAGAUUGUUUUGGUCAACGCAUCGCCAGUCGGGCUGCAGCAUCUGAUUCAAGGAAAAGAUAUUUCUCUUCAAAAUGAAUUAUCCGGUGAACUGGUUUCUGGCAAUAACAGUUGUCCUCCACAUCUCAUUUGUAUCUAACGAGAAAUACGAAGUUUUCCUAGUGAAGCUUUGGUGCAAUCCAAAUCCCAAAUACGCAGAAUGCAACUGGAGGACCAGGGACCACGCUCAUAUCGAUGCCGAUUACUACAUCAAGCAGCCAAUAUCCUCUCUUACCUUAAACCUUUACAUUGCACAAGUUGACCAGCGCUCGAGGACAACGGUCAUCAUCAACCGAAAGUACAACCUUUGUGAGAACGUUAGCAACUUAGUCGCUCAUUACGUAUCACUCUAUAUCAACUACUUCUUCAAUGAAUUUGCAAAAAAUUUUAAAUUCGAAUGCCCCAUCAAGGUAUCUAAUCUAUCCAUGAGAGACCUCCCGGCCGACAGUAAUUUGAUACCACUCCGCUUGUUCUAUAAGCCACGAAGUUACUUCUUCGCAAACGCAACCCUUCUUGAAAAAACAAAAACCUUAAGCGAAACCCUUUCUCGUUUUUAUGGGGAAUGGAAAAUUGUGAAGAAAUAA